CAGAAAGUCAUUUGUAGAGUGAAGAUUCGUUAAAUAGUUGCCAGUAGAGAUCUAAAUUUAAUACUUGCCAAAUGAGCUCUUUAUAUCUAUUUUUUUUCAUUGCUAUCUUGGUUCGUGUACACGCCAACAAUUAUGAAAUUCAAAAGCUCACAAUUGACUUUUUCCAAAGAAAAUUCAUACGUCAGGUCACAGUUUUCGCUUGUUGGGAUAACCAUGAGCAGGUAAAUUUUUAUCACCACUCCACGGAAUCUAAGCUGAAACUUACGUACAUUCCCAUACCAUCCGAUGCUUUGGACAUGAGAAGAUUGUUAACUGUUAAUUAUUACACUCUUGGUAUAAUCCUCAACUUGGACUGCCGAUACAGCGACUCUGUUCUGUCAGAAUUUUCAAAGCAGCAACUUCCAUAUAAUCAAAGUUAUCACUGGUUAUUGGUAACCAAACUAGAUACACCUCCUAUCAAAAUGCUCCAUGACCUGCCACUGACCAUAGAUACGGAAAUGUCAGUAGCUGUAAAAAGUGGAUUGGAUUACAUCUUGUAUGAUGUCUACAACCCAAGUUACAGACACGGCGGAAUAUUAAAUGUAACAUACAUGGGAAAAUGGAAUCAGUACAGUGGUCUGGACAUUAAACUUACUCAGUACAAGUAUCAACGGCGUGCGAACUUGGAGGGUCUCAGUAUUAAUGUGUCACUUGUUCUUCUACAUGAGCCAACUCCAGAUCUCACAACUUACAUGACAAAUCCAAUUAAUCGACACCUUGACACAAUGCAUCGCUAUAACUACGCACUGAUCCGAAAUUUACAAGAUUAUUACAAUUUCACAAUUCACUUGAAACUAACGAAUAGCUGGGGCUACUUGAUAAACGGAUCGUAUAAUGGUAUGGUAGGAGAUCUGAUUGCCGGAAUUGCUGACAUUGGAGGAAGUCCGAUAAUGUUCAACAAUGAACGUCUCAAAGUGUCGGAGUUUACAGUACAAACAUACAUGGCAAAAGGCUGUUUCAUAUUUCGCCAUCCAAAAAAGCGUACAGUUCACAAUGGAUUUUUAAAACCAUUUAAGAAGGAGGUCUGGUAUUUCACUAUUAUCAUGGCUGUACUAAUUUGGAUUCUACUCUGGCUCACAGCAAGAGUUGAAAUCCAUUUUCGAGAUCACCCACCGCUUAACACUCUAUACUCGCAUACAGGAUCUGAAACAGCUUUGAUUACAUUGGCUGCUGCAUGCCAACAGGGUUUAUCGGACGGUCCUCAGCUUUACUCUGGGCGUUUGGUAUUCCUCUCACUAUUUUUGUGGACUCUCUUACUCUACCAGUAUUAUUCAGCAAGUAUUGUUGGUUCUCUAUUGGCAGAACCGCCACGAUACAUUAAAACACUGCAAGAUCUAUUGGAUAGUGAUAUGCCUGUAGGGCUUGAAGACAUCGCCUACACUCGCAACCAUUUUGCGACUACAACAGAUCCGAUUGCCCUGGAACUUUAUAGGCGCAAAGUUGCACCUGGAAAAGGUCGAAAAUAUGCCGCCUACUUCAAUGUAACCGAAGGGCUCCGUAGAGUGCAAAAGGGCAAUUUUGCUUAUCACACGGAUGUUGAUUCUGCGUAUAAAUUUAUAACGGAUGAAUUUACUGAAGAUGAAAUUUGUGAUCUAGUUGAAAUUACAUUACUUUCUACUCCGCAUCUUGGCACUGUUACUAGUAAACAUUCCCCGUUCAAAAAAAUGGUCACCUAUGGACUGCGUCAAAUUAUUGAACAUGGAAUAGGAGAGAGGAUAACACAUGUAUGGCGGUACAGACAGUCACGCUGUCCUGCAAGCUACAAGUUGAAACCUGUUCCAAUUCCAGUUGAAGAAUUUAUACCGGCAUUGUUUUUACUGUUAUUCGGAGCUAUCGGGGCAGCUACAGUAUUCUUUAUAGAAUACUUUGUUAAACAGGGUAUUCCAUGUAGUUGGAUUAUUGGAUAAUUUAUGCGAAAAUCACAAUGAACUACUAGUUGAAAAUUUUAUAAAUAUUAUAUGCAGUCGACUGAGAAAUAUAAUGUUGUGUUUGUAGAAAGUAGAGAUUGAUUUAUGGUGAAUCAUACAUAGUGAUGUUUGGGAGUUGGUCUUUUCCAGUCCUUUCCCCGCCACUCCCCAACUUCCACACAUCACUAUGCACUACGCAUUAGUUUUGUAAUUCAAUAAUUUAAAUUCAAAAAAGACCUUAAUGCCAUCACUAUGGCAUAGUUACCACUUCAAUUCUUCCACUAGUUAUAUCAGCACUAAUUGGUUUAAUUUUAAAUUGCGAGUACUGGUAAAUGAAUAAAUAGGUACGUGGGAAGUAUAGGUCUUUUUUGAAUCAACAAAUUGAAUUGAAUUCUGGUGAAUGAACUAUAAACAAAAUGAUGAUAUGCAUGCAAAAUAAACUAUAGGUAUUUAUACGUCACAAUAUCUCUUAAUAUAUUUCUCUCAAUAUAUCUUGCACAGCUAAUAAAAUUUGUGUAACUAAUGUUAAUUUGUCACUUUUAUGAUUUUUAAAGUGGAGGUAGAGGAUUGUUAUUAGAUAUACUUCAGUAGAAUAACCACCUGGUAUAUUUUCGGAUUUGAUAUCUGAACAAAAAAUGUAACGUACAUAUAUUCUUUUGCAAAUCCAUGUUUAACAAACGGUCUUGUGUACAGCAAAAGCGUUUGUAUGUACAUUUUAAUAGAUAGUUAGUAGCAAUAGGUACUAUUGCUCUCAACAUUUUGCUGCAAUUUUCGAUACAUAUCUUACAAUGUAAUAUGAAACGUAAAUUCUAAACAGUUACAUAAGCUUGAAUUACGUUUCAAUGCAAUUCAUUAGCUGAUAAAAAUUGUAUGAAGUACAAUAUUUGAUCCUAUAAUUAUUUAUUUACAAAUAGUAUUAAAAACUGCGAUUGGAUAUGAGUGCGAUUUACGCUUUUUCAUAACUU